AGAAUAAUCUCACUUGUCUAAACUAAAUAGAAAUGGAACAAAAAAGACGAAAAGUGAAUCGGAAAUCUGGGAUGCCAGCGAAGUUACAUAAUGGAUCCCACACUGAUUCUGUUAUCACUAUUGAACUGGAUACUGGAGUGGAAAUAUUGAAUAUUCAGCAAUUGGUUGAAAAUCGUUUACAAUCUGCGGAUUUGAGUGAUUAUGAAAUUUAUUUACAAGAUAUUCCACUUAAUCCACAACUGAGUUUGUAUCAACAAGGCGUAAAAGUUUCGGGAAGUGUCGAACUCAGUAUUCGAGUACAAACUGAUAAUGGGCGAUUGACUAUUGUUGAAAUUACGAAAAAUAUGACCGAUGAAGACAUUCAAGCGUUGAACGGUCAACAAAGUGGACUCUCAGAAAAUGGACAUUCUAAUAACGAAGAUCCAUCAGAAAAUAAAGAGGAACUUGGUAUUCCUUGUGACCCAAUGGAAUGGACAUCAGAUCAAGUAUUUCGCUGGAUGGUCUGGGUGGCAAAGGAAUUUAAUUUAGAUGCUUCUGUCAUUAAAAAUUCUAGAAUGGAUGGAAAGAAAUUAUGUUCAUUAACGAUUGAAGAAUUUUUUGUGAAAUUGCCAUAUGGAAAUAUUUUAUGGUCACACUUGUCGUUUUUGAAAAGAUUAUCAACGAACGAUGGUGAACAUAAUGUAGAAAUAGAAAACGAUUCUGAAAAUAUGGCUUUAAAUUUAGUUAUAAAUGAUCAACAAACGAACAUAUCAGGCAAUUACGCACGGCGGGCUCCAAGAAGAACGCCGGCUAUAAUUUCAUCAGACAAAGGUGCUCCAAUCAGUACACGUUCUCACAACAGCGGAGGCCAAAUUCAACUUUGGCAAUUUUUGUUGGAACUUUUAACGGACGCAGACGAACGACACGUCAUAAUGUGGUUGGGAGAUGAAGGGGAAUUCAAAUUUUCACAACCCGAAAUGGUGGCUCAAAAAUGGGGUGAACGAAAAGGCAAGCCCACUAUGAAUUAUGAAAAACUUUCUCGGGCUCUGCGUUAUUAUUACGAUGGCGAUAUGAUCAGUAAAGUACCUUCAAAGCGCUUCGUUUAUAAAUUUGUUUGCAAUUUGAAAGAAUUACUAGGUUAUGAUGCAGGAGAAUUGAAUAAAAUGGUAACUGAUUGUUCGAAUAAACGAAAAGAACAAUCGUCUGAUCAAAAUGUUGUGCCAGUCAAUGGCGACUGUAUGAUAAAUGGUAUCGCAUUGUCUAGUCUUGUCAAUCAAUGAUGCUUUUCUAUAAUUCAAAGCCGUUUUGUUAAUAAUGAUAUUGCUGUUAAAUGGUAUCUGUAAAUAAUAUAUAUCUGUUAAAUUUUGAUAAUUUGCUCAAUAUCACAUUCGCCAUAUUUUUGUUGCCGAAUAUGUCUUUGUUUGCCAUAAAAAUAAUUUUGGUAAAAAUCUUUGUUUGGGGAAAUAUAUGAAAUGAUACAACAGUAAAGUUCCCACUGAUUUCAAAUGUCACUGAGAAAUUCUUAUCCUUAAAUGGUCCUGAAUCAUAUAAAUAUAGUUUCUAAACUCAUAAUAGCAUUUUUGCUAAUUUUAUGUACCUAUGCUAAUUUUAAACAUACCCAAAAUAAUACAUUGUUAGGAUGGCUUGGAUUUUUGAUCCCGAUUCAUUUGAAUAUAUUUUGCAGGUUUUCGGAAGUCAUAGUGUUCUAAUACUAACCUGAUCAUUUCAAUCAUAAUUUGAAAAUCUUGGUUCGACUUAAGUUAUUUGAUGAUUUGAAUUUGAUUGUCAGUAUUUUAGUAUUCUUUCAGUUUGCUACUCAAUUUGAUUUAUGUAGCAUGUAUUGUAUAUUUGCAUAACAUGAAUCAUAAAUGCGCUAUAUACCAAUUCAAUUUUAAGAACAUAGCUGUUGAUAAAAAAUCGUUAUAAAUACUAUUUGUUGGAAUUGUACCCUUAUUCGCCAGUCUGGUAUUAAUAAGGUUAUUUUGAUUUUCGGCUCAAACUACGGUAUUAAUUUAUUGAACAAUUCCUCAAAGCAAUUAUUUUCUACCAAACCUGGCCCAAAACUAUGAAAAAUGUGGAAAUUAUUUGAUUUUUGUGACUUAUGUUCCAACUGUCUGGUUCGCUUCAAAUAUGAUUGUCAAUGUCAGCAAUAUUGUGGCCAGCUCAAUUUUCAGAUAAAAUAUUUGUAUAACUGUAUUUUUAAAUUUUUUUGGUGGUUUGGGUUUGACAUUAUAUUUGAAGAUAUUUAUUUACAAAAUGAAUAAAUGGGUGACGGG